AUGGCUGAGCUUCUGGUAAAUGUGCCGCAGAUGCAGCGUGAUCUCCAGUGCGCACGCGAGGAAAAUGCGUAUCUGCGUACAUUGUUGAAGCAGUUAAAUGUGUCCGAUUUGAGCCAAGCGCCAUUGUCUCUUCCUUACUAUAAGACUGAUGAUUCAAGUGUCAACGAUACGGACGACAUUGAGUUUAAUCACACUCUAGCACGACGUCAGGCACGUCUGGACUUGGAUAAUGACUCGAGAGAGACGUUAACAACAGGACUAGAGCUUAAAACUGCCAACGACCGUGUAUCGAUGCUGGAAUGGCAGCUGUUAAACGCAGAAGAAACUAUUUGCCACCUAAAAGCUGAGAAACUGGCGGCGCUACGGGACAUUGAGCGACUUAGUUCUGCGACAAUGGAUACAGAAAGACAAGCAUCAAGUAUAAAGAACGACAGUGAAGAGCAGUGUACAUUGGUGCUGGAGUUGAAGACGAGAUUGGCUGAAGACAAGCAGGUCUAUGCACUCGAGCAGGAACAACAAAUGGCUGUGAUUCGAGACCAAGAGAGUGAACUGAAGACGCUGCGUAGACAAUUGGACGACACAAUGAAACAACUAAAAGAGCUGCAGCAGAGACAUAUGGAUUUAUUAGAGCUGGACGAAGAGGCGACAAUGGAGCAACAGCGCGUUCUUAUCAGCGACGGAAAUCGGUUCAGUGUGUCCGGAGAAGAAAGCGAUGAAGACGACGAAACGAUGGUGGUUAAGCAACGCAAUGAUUGCAAUCCUGGGCGAGCUCGAGCUUCAGCUUCAGCUGACGCAGUGAAUUCUAAAUGGCAUGAAGAGCUCGUGCACCAUCCGACGCCUCACUUCGACAUGCAGUCGCCUGAGGUGGCCUACAUUCUCCGAGCGUGGACAAAUAAUAUUAAGAAGAUGCGCUACUUACGUCGCUGGCUUGUACAAGUAGUGGCCACAAAAGGACCGCUUCCAGACGAUUUCCCCAUGGCUGUAGAGCUGCCACGGCUUCCACCCGAGGUGCGCGACGGGUUUCUUACACUCAUACUUCCGCUGCUUCGCAAGCAGACUGAGAGAGAGAUUCUCGCUCAUUCCCGUCGACACAACGACGGCAUUCAUACCGACUUGCGUUUCCGUGCAGUGCCGCGUCAAUAA